GCUUGCUAGUGGACGUGGCAAUGACGUCUCGCGCCGGAAGCGGUUGGGACUGAAACUCCAUCCUCAGUUGUAACAUCGGCAAUCCGGGAGCGCGACAAACGGACAUAUUAACCGGAUAACAAUGAGUCGUGGGGUCAUUCAAGAGUGCUGUCCUCCAGCAAGUUCAUAGAGUCUGACUGUACUGUCUGUCCCUUGGCCAACUGAAACUCACCAAGGCAGAGGGGUUCAUUUAGGACUCAUCUUUGUUGUAGUUACCUUCCUACCUAUCCACCCAUUGACCUUGUUGUAGUGUCUUCAGCAUCAUGACGUGUAGAGACCGCACACUUGAGUUUCAGUCCGCUUGUAAGUCGCUGCAAGGAAGACAGGUACAGAAUGGUACGCAGACAAAGCCUGUGCUUAAUGCUCUUAAGCAACGAAGUGAUUUUACACUUACAGCCAAGAGAAUUGGGAAAGACUUGAGUAACACUUUCACCAAAUUGGAAAAGCUAACAAUCUUGGCCAAAAGGAAGUCUCUGUUUGAUGAUAAAUCUGUGGAGAUUGAAGAGUUGACCUACAUAAUUAAGCAGGACAUCAACAAUUUGAAUAAACAGAUAGCACAGCUCCAAGAUCUGGUACGUUCCUGCAGCGGACAGAACGGACGCCACAUCCAGACACAUUCCAACACGAUUGUCGUCUCCCUCCAGUCAAAGCUGGCCUCUAUGUCCAAUGAUUUCAAGUCAGUGUUGGAAGUGAGAACAGAGAAUCUAAAGCAACAGCGUAGCAGAAGAGAACAGUUUUCUCAGGCACCAGUAUCCGCCUCCCCUCUUCUUGCAAACAACUUCAGUAGCUCAGUAUUAAUGCAGGAUGAAUCUCGAAGCCUGGGCGCUGACGUCGCAAUUGACAUGGACUCGACAGCCAAUCCUCUCCAACUGCAGCUUAUUGAUGAACAGGACUCAUACAUCCAGAGUCGAGCAGAUACCAUGCAGAACAUUGAGAGCACCAUCGUAGAGUUGGGCUCCAUCUUCCAACAGCUGGCACACAUGGUCAAAGAACAGGAGGAGACCAUACAGAGGAUUGAUUCUAACGUGGAGGACACUCAAUUAAAUGUGGAAAUGGCCCACACUGAGAUUCUCAAAUACUUUCAGUCCGUCUCCUCUAAUCGCUGGCUCAUGAUCAAGAUAUUCCUCGUACUUGUUGUUUUCUUCAUCAUUUUCGUGGUCUUCCUCGCAUGAGAUGGAAAGACCAUGAAGAAGGAAGGUGGAAUGAAGAAGGGAAAGGAGUGGAAUGUAAUGAGCAUCAGUGGACUAUAAUGGGCGAAGUGCAACAAGAAUAACUGGACAAUAAUAGAUCUACCUAAUGGGGACAUUGUUGGAUAAAUGGUAAAUGGCCGGUAUUGGUUAAACUUGUACAAACUUUGAGCAGUUAGUCUCCCCUUCUGGAAAGACCAUUGUGAAGGUUGAAGUAAGACAUCCUGUUCUACUCUACUACAGUGGGAGUAUGGAGUACUGCAGUCACAUUUGACACUUUUUUUCUCUUUAUCAUAUUAAAAUCGAGCCUUCACUUUUCAAAUAUAUUUUAAAAAGAGGGCUUAUUUUUGAAUGGUUUGAUUCUGCAAACUGGUUUAGUUUUGGUUUCUUCUGACAGUGUUAUCAGUAAUCCAUGAUAACACGAAUGAUGUAAAAGGCUUUCCUUUUACUAUAAAAUAAUGUGACCGUCUGUACAGUUCUCAUUGUUAGAAGCUUUCCACCUUAAAUUAAUUCAUGUACAUCAUUCUGACUCCUGUUUGUAUGAAGGAGAAUAAGUUUGAUAACGAUUUAAAAACUAUAUAAUAGCCUCCUAAUGGCUUUUUACUGUAAAUUGAUCAGAGUUGCUUAUUUUCUUUGUUUUAUUUUUGCCAAAUGGAGAUAGUUGAAUGCUAAGAGGAAUACCCUGAGUCUCAUGAUUUUACACUGUGAUUAGUGUAAAUGAAGACCUUUUUGAUGCAGUGUUGACCAUUCAGAAUACGUCCAAAUACAAUGGCCUUUGAGUCAAAAUUAGUCAAAAUGUCCACUGUGAGAAAACUAUUUAAGCCUUUGUACAGGCUAAGUUGGACUGUCUCUUUUAAACUAGCCACUAUGUAGUUCUCUACUACUCAGGCUUAGGCGAUGAAUGCUAGAGGAAAAAGAGAUAAUGGUUAAUUUUACCAGCUAACUCAAAGUCUCUUGUUGGUUCGUCGUUUAUCAGGCCAUUUAUUUCUCGUUUUCUGAUUGACUAUUCAAACUACAUGCACCAAUGUACAGUGUAUUAUUUAAUGAGCACUUUUUUAUCAAAACUUACUUUUCCUCGCUUUUAUAGCUGAAUGCCUUGCCUUGUGUAAAAACUGAACAUAGUAACUGAUGUCUGGAAAGGAAGUGCAUAUUAAAAUGUCUACAAAAGUAAAA